AUGCUGGCCGAGCCGCAGUCUCCCGUCUCGGACCUCGUUAAGGACGACAUUGUCUCGCUUAUAACGGAGCUCCGCGAUAUCGAUAAGCAGUACUCGAUCAUAACGGCGUACAUGGAUCAGCUAGUGGCGGUUCCUAACGCGGAUUUCUCGUGGGGCGUGAACACCACGUGGCUGCUCCCAACGGACAAGGCCAUCAACAUGGCUCGCAGAAAGGAUAAGUCUUUCACGGGAACCAUCUCCCCAUGCCAUUUUAUCCAAUAUCGCCGCGCGUACAGCCGGCAGGAGUGUGGCGAGCCCCUUCCGCUCAUCCUCCUCCCCAGCAACUGGACAGCAGCGGCUUCAGUCGGAGGGACUGGUGCGGAUUUUGGCGGGACUGCGUGUACUGUGAAGCGGUAUUUGCCGCCGCCCACUCGUGUGGUAAUUGGGAGUGUGGACGAUAAGAAGACACGGGGAAUGAUUGUCCAUCCGAGCUUGUAUGAAGGGAACUACAUCAGUGCACACGGUGUUGAUUCGCUGAUCUUGCCCUGA